AUGGAUACCCUCACCCCUAUACCUGAAUCCUCCAAUAAGAAGCAAUCCUCUACUGAGAAUAAUCCUAUGCCGAGCUUGGUUCUACGAAUUGCAAAUGCAAGAUAUAUAGAAGACUCCCCUGUACCUGGAUCCUCCACUAAGAGAUCCUACCAUGAGGAAUCCCCCUCUGACUUGGCUGCCAUGAAGGCUAGGUUCGAUAAGGUGACUGCUGCCGGGCUGGAAGGAGGAGAGUGCGAACCUAAAUUCGAGAAGGGAACAACUGUCCUGGGUUGUGUUUUCCAAGAAGGAAUCAUGGUGGCUCCUGAUCGUUCAGGCAAAUGUGAGUUUGUCUACCAGAGUUUCCACCGAAACUUAGUUCAACUGAAUUCUCACAUGCUGGCAACAAUCUCCGGAGGAAGCGAAUUUCUGCUCAAAGAUCUUGAGAAGAAGUGCAAAAAACAUGAACAGAAGGAGGGGAGGGAACCUUUGGUUGCAGAGAUAUUGGACUGGCUGGCCGAGGCUCUUUCAGCUUACAAAGAGGAACCUUUGUCAGUAGGGAUACUGAUAGCUGUCUGGAAUGAAUUGGAGCAUGGCCUGUAUCGCAUGAAUGGUUAUGGGGAACGUGUUAAAGGUGAUCUACUUGCCACUGGAUCUGGGUCAGCUUCUGCUGUGUGUAAAGUGAAACACUGCGAAAGCUUUAUGCCGGUAACUCGAGCUGCCAAUGCUGAUAGAGUAGGCUUUCGGUUUGAUACUAGGUGCGAACGCCCCAUGUCCGUGACUGAAGUUGCAGACUUGGCCAAAGAGGCUAUAUGCUUUGCUGCAUAUGAGGCUCCCCAUACUGUGAGUGUUAUUCACCUAGGAAGUGGGGGGUGCGUUAAGAUCCUUCUUGAGGGCGAUAUGGAAGAAUGGUACAAGGAGAACAUGAAGCACGUCCCACGGUUGAGGUACGAGAUCAUCGGGAUGGGAUGGUGA